AUGGCAAACAUAAGCAAGUACCCUCUGGUGUCCUACCAGCCCUUCCGCCUCCUCUACCAGCUCGCUGCGGCGGCAUCUAUAAUAGCACGCCUCCCCGUCUGGAUCGUCAUUGGCCUCGUCCCGUCACUGCGGCCCAACAGACAGUGGUCAUGUCUCCAGACCGUGGUGGCGCGCUUCCUCCGCGCCUCACUGCACAAGGACUCGGUCAUCGGCCUCGGCGAGGCAGAGACACCAGUCCCUCACGCCUCCCCGCGGCGAGGGCGACCGCUUCGUGGUCGUCCAGCCGUUCGACGCGCACCUGUACACGGGGCCCCUCUCCUCAGACCCCUCCGUGACCCCGGAACCCGUGGGCGGCAUCUGGCGGCCGGGCCCUCCACCGCCGUCCCUAGGCGCGGCAGCAAGCAGCCUGAAGAAGGUGGUAAUGCACAUCCACGGCGGCGCCUUCGUGCGCGACCACCCGCUCACCCCGGCGUCGGGCUUCUUCUCAGCGCCACCCUCCUCGCCCACGCGGGCGCCGACGCCGUCUUCUCGCCGCGGUACCGCCUCUCGGGCCACGGCGGGCGCAACCCCUUCCCCGCGCGCUGCAGGAGCGCGCUGACGGCGUACCUGUAUCUCGUGCGCGGGCUUGGCCUCCCUCCGCAAGCCGUGACGCUCUCGGGCGACAGCGCAGGCGGGAACAUCGCCGUCGCGCUGCUGCGGUACCUGAGCGAGCACGGCGGGGAGCUCGGGGUGCCGCCGCCCGGGCGGGUCGUCCUGAUCGCGCCGUGGGUCGCGCCCGCGGCGUGUUUCCCGCGGCGGCCGGUGGGCGAGCCGUCCGUGGAGGAGAUGGCGCACUACGGCUCGGACAUCCUCCCGGCGUCGUUCAUGCAGUGGGGCGUGAGGACGUACGCGCCGGAAGGGGACGUCGAGGCCACGAGGGAUAACCCGUACAUCCAGGCGCUGGGCCACCCUUUCAGGGCGCGGGCGCCGGUGCUGGUGAGCGUGGGCGGGGCCGAGAUCCUGUCGACGGACGGGGCGGCGUGGGCGCGCGAGAUGGUGGGCUACGAGGGCGGCGGCGUCAACGAGGUCGAGGUUCACAUCGAGGUGGACGCGCCGCACGACACGCUGCUUGCUGGGGAUUCCCUGAAGUGGGAGGAUAGUGCGGCGAGGGUUGCUGCUAGGAUUGGGGAGUUCAUUGACAAAACCCAGGCGUGA